UAGAGAAAGGGAAGAAGUAGAUACCGGUACUAAGAAUAUCAGUAGAGAGUCGUGGAGUCUUCGACGUGAGUCGUGUACGAGACCAGACCGUGGAAAGAGUGAACUUAAAUAAAGGAGUGGAAGUGAUAAAGCAACUAGGUGAUAGAUUAGUAUUCGGGUGAUUGGGCGCGUUGGUUGGUGAGGGGGUCUGGUAUACCCGUGACACAGAGUGCACUAUUAUUCAAAAUCAAUAAUACUCAAGUAUAAAUAUGUUAAAAUAACACAUAAGUAUCACAUCAGGUUUAAUCAUUCAUGGAUUUUCCAAUCCCUGCUGUUUUGAUGUAUAUAAUGGUGGUAACUGAUGUCAUGAAAAUAGACAAAGUAGAAUUAAAAACAUUGAGCUGGAGGCUGCUCUGACUGCUCUUUUCUCUGGGCAGGGAAGUUACAACCAGCAACAUGGCCUGUAUUUAUGGAGACAUUACCAAGAUCAGCACAACCGGAGCAUCUGAAAAAACAGCUAGGCAGGACAAGCUCACUGUCAAAGGGGUGGAAGCUUCACAUAAACUGGCUGAGAAUGAUCUGAGGAAGAUGGAGCAGUACAAGAACGUUAUCAUCAAAGUUGGCAGAGCUAAGCAGAUGGACCCAGCUGUCAUCGCAGGCAUCAUAUCCAGAGAGUCCAGGGCUGGGUCAAUUCUUGUGAAUGGCUGGGGAGACCAUGGCAAUGGUUUUGGACUCAUGCAGGUUGAUAAGAACCACCACACUCCAAAGGGAGCCUGGAACAGCGAGGAACACCUCACCCAAGGCACCGAUAUUCUAAUACAAUCUAUUAAAGACAUUCAAAAGAAAUUCCCCAGCUGGCCCAAAGAGCACCAAUUUAAAGGAGGAAUCGCAGCCUACAACUUAGGCCCAGGAAACGUCCGCACAUAUGAGCGCAUGGACAUCGGCAGCCCAGGAGAUGAUUAUUCCAGUGAUGUGGUGGCCCGGGCUCAGUUCUUUAAACGCAAAGGUUACUGAGCAAUAUUUGAUUACAAUGCUGCACUGCAUAAAACUCAGUUUCCAGCAUGGAUGUAUUUCAUUUAUAGAUUAUAGACAGGGCUUGAUUUUUGAACAUGUUAAUACCAAUUUGUAUCAGGAGUAUGCUGUUAACAAAACGUGUGUUUGUCUCUGUUCAGUUGGUUUCUGCUGGAAAUUAGAAUAAGAACUUUUACAAAUAGCAAUAACAAUCAGGUGAUGCUUUCACCAGAGGCUUUUUUUUAAUGUUCAUUAAUAGGCUGAACUCCACAAUAUUCCUCAUCACUAUAAGAAAGCUAUGUGUUUGGGGAAAGCUACUGUUUUUACAUUUUAAUUCAGAAUGAAAUGCGAUAAGUCUUUAUUAAAAUCAAGGUGUGAACAAAAA